CGGCAGCAGCUAGCGCGCGGUACGGUAGGCACCAGCUAUACAGCGCGCCACACACAACAAUGGCCGGCGCUACCGCUGCCGCCGUCUCCUCCUCCUUCCUCGCGCUCGCGUUGCUCUCGCUCUGCGCCGCGGCCGCUGGCGGCUCGCCUCAGCUGGACGCGGAGGCCGCGCGGCAGCAGGAGGCCGACCGCGUGACGAGGCUGCCGGGGCAACCCGCCGUGCGGUUCGCGCAGUACGCCGGGUACGUGACGGUGAACGAGACGCACGGCCGCGCGCUCUUCUACUGGUUCUUCGAGGCCACCGCCGCCGCCGACAAGAAGCCCCUCGUCCUCUGGCUCAACGGCGGGCCUGGGUGUUCGUCUGUUGGGUAUGGAGAAGCGGAGGAGCUCGGUCCAUUCUUGGUGCAGAAGGGCAAGCCGGAGCUAAAAUGGAACAAGUACUCGUGGAACAAAGAGGCCAAUCUGAUGUUCCUGGAGUCCCCUGUGGGUGUCGGCUUCUCAUACACUAACACAAGCUCCGAUCUGCAGCAGCUUGGCGACAAGAUCACCGCUGAUGAUGCUUACAUCUUCCUGCUCAACUGGUUCAAGCGCUUCCCUCAGUACAAAUCUCACGACUUCUACAUCGCUGGAGAGAGCUACGCUGGGCAUUACGUUCCACAGCUUUCGGAGAAGAUUUUCGACGGCAACAAGCAAGGCCCCAAGGAGAACUACAUCAACUUCAAGGGUUUCAUGAUAGGGAAUGCCCUGAUGGACGACGAGACGGACCAGACGGGCAUGAUCGACUACGCCUGGGACCACGCCGUCAUCUCGGACCGGGUGUACGCCGACGUCAAGAAGUACUGCAACUUCAGCAUGGAGAACGUGACCGACGCGUGCGACAGCGCGCUCACCGAGUACUUCGCCGUGUACCGCCUCAUCGACAUGUACAGCCUCUACACCCCCGUCUGCACCGAGGUCUCGUCGUCGGCGGCGUUCGGCCAGCGCCAGGUCGCCGUCCACGGCGCCGCCCCAAAAAUCUUCUCCAAAUACCAUGGGUGGUACAUGAGGCCGGCGGGGUACGAUCCGUGCACGUCGGAUCACGCCGAGGUGUACUUCAACCGGGCUGACGUGCAGGAGGCGCUGCACGCCAACGUGACCAAUAUCGGCUACAACUGGACGCACUGCAGCGACGUGAUCGGCAAGUGGAGAGAUGCUCCCUUCUCGACUCUCCCCAUCAUCCGUAAGCUCGUCGCCGGCGGCAUCAGGGUCUGGGUUUUCAGCGGUGACACCGAUGGAAGGAUCCCCGUGACGUCGACGAGGCUCACCCUGAACAAGCUUGGGCUGAAGACGGUGCAGGAGUGGACGCCGUGGUACGACCAUCAGCAGGUUGGAGGAUGGACGAUCCUCUACGAGGGCCUGACGUUCGUGACGAUCCGCGGCGCCGGGCACGAGGUUCCCCUGCACGCGCCGAGGCAGGCGCUCAGCCUCUUCAGCCACUUCUUGGCUGACAAGAAGAUGCCUCCGACGGCGUUCCCCUAGUCGCUCGCAUGCAGUCUGCCUUCUUCAACGAUGGCGAGGAACGGGCGUCGUGCGCCCACUAGGUUGUUUUCCAGCGAUACCAACUGAUCAGGAAAUUUUCUUUUCUUUGGUCCAAGACUCCAAGUCAUGUAACACAGUGGAAAUUCGAUUGGAACAAUCGAUAACAAUAAAAUCAUAUAUAGUGUUGAUUGAUUUCGAUGCUCGCAAUA